UCCUUGAACUGGAAGCACGGUGUAUGUUCCUCUGGAGAGUCAAACAUAGAAGUUGUUAAUAAGUCUAUCAAAGGUUAGAAGAUACAGCUCACAAUGAAGACCUUGGUUGUUCUUCUCCUCCUGGGCAUCGUGGUACAAGACGCGGCGGCAGUGACUCACUCUCUGAAGUAUUUCUACACCUCGUCUUCUGGAGUCCCAAACUUUCCAGAGUAUGUGUCUGUUGGAUUGGUUGAUGAAGUUGAGAUGGUUCACUAUGACAGCAACACCAAGAGACAAGAACCCAAACAGGACUGGAUGAGCAGAGUCACAGCAGAUGAUCCUCAGUACUGGCAGACGCAGACUGAGGUCGCUGCGGGUCACCAGCAGACCUUCAAAGCCAACAUUGAAGUUGCAAAGCAGCGCUUCAACCAAACUGGAGGUGUCCACAUUUACCAGAGGAUGUACGGCUGUGAAUGGGACGAUGAGACUGGAGAGGUUAAUGGUUUUAUGCAAGAUGGUUAUGAUGGAGAAGACUUCAUAUCAUUUGACCUGAAGACAGAGACAUUCAUCGCUCCAAAACAACAGGCUGUCAUCACCAGACACAAGUUGGAUCAUAACAAAGCUUGGAUAGCUCAGCAGAAACACUACCUGACCCAGGAGUGUCCUGAGUGGCUGAAGAAGUAUGUGAACUAUGGGAGGAGCUCUCUGCUGAGAACAGAGGUUCCCUCAGUGUCUCUCCUCCAGAAGUCUCCCUCCUCUCCAGUCAGCUGCCACGCUACAGGUUUCUACCCUGACAGAGUCUUGAUGUUCUGGAGGAAAGAUGGAGAGGAGCUUCAUGAGGACGUGGACCUCGGAGAGAUCCUCCCCAACCACGAUGGAUCCUUCCAGAUGAGUGUUGACCUGGACCUUUCAUCAGUCCCAGCUGAAGACUGGAGGAGGUACGACUGUGUGUUUCAUCUCUCUGGUGUGGAGGACGACAUCAUCACCAAACUGGACAAAGCAGAGAUCAGGACCAACAGAGUGACUCACUCUCUGAAGUAUUUCCACACUGGAUCUUCUGGAGUCCCAAACUUCCCAGAGUUUGUGGUUGUUGGAUUGGUUGAUGACAUUCCGAUAGAUCACUAUGACAGUAACACCAAGAGAGACGAACCCAAACAGGACUGGAUGAGCAGAGUCACAGAAGAUGAUCCUCAGUACUGGCAGAGGAACACUGACCUCCGUAUGGGUGCCCAGCAGGUCUACAAACCCAACAUUGAAGUUGCAAAGCAGCGCUUCAACCAAACUGGAGGUGACCACAUUCUCCAGUGGAUGUACGGCUGUGAGUGGGAUGAUGAGACUGGAGAGGUUAAUGGUUUUUGGCAGUAUGGUUAUGAUGGAGAAGACUUCAUAUCAUUUGACCUGAAGACAGAGACAUGGAUCGCUCCAAAACAACAGGCUGUCAUCUCCAAACACAAGUUGGACAAUAACAAAGCUCGGAUAGCCCAGGACAAACACUACCUGACUCAAAUUUGUCCGGAGUAUCUGAAGAAGUAUGUGAACUAUGGGAGGAGCUCUCUGCUGAGAACAGAGGUUCCCUCAGUGUCUCUCCUCCAGAAGUCUCCCUCCUCUCCAGUCAGCUGCCACGCUACAGGUUUCUACCCUGACAGAGCCAUGAUGUUCUGGAGGAAAGAUGGAGAGGAGCUUCAUGAGGACGUGGACCUCGGAGAGAUCCUCCCCAACCACGAUGGAUCCUUCCAGAUGAGUGUUGACCUGGACCUUUCAUCAGUCCCAGCUGAAGACUGGAGGAGGUACGACUGUGUGUUUCAUCUCUCUGGUGUGGAGGACGACAUCGUCACCAAACUGGACAAAGCAAAGAUCAGGACCAACAGAGAGAAACCCGUUGACAUGAUCAUCCCCAUGGUUGCUGCAGGGGUUGUUCUCGCUCUCGUCCUCAUCACUGUGAUCGGAGUUGUCAUUUAUAAAAAGAAGAAUGGUGAGGAACCAGGGUUAAUAGAAACAUUGUCUCUCUUUUUUCUCUCUCAGUAUUUUAAUUUUAGACUUUGACUUGAUGUUUUUAUC